UGCCAGGCUGCGGGCGGCGCUCCCGAAGCGGCUCCGCUCCGCGCCCUCACUCCGCGCUGCCGCAGCCCCCCAGCGCCCGCGGCGCCCGGGCGCUCCUUCGCCGCCUCUGCCGCCGCAGGCUGCUCGGUCGCGUUUAGAGCCAGCGAGAGGCUGUGCCGGCGGCACCGCGGGCAUUGCCGGGAGCGAGCCCGGCCCCCACUGAAAUUCCGGCGUCUUGAGAGAGGGGAGGAAGAUCCUCGUCUUCCGAAGCCUCCUCAAUGAGUGCCAAGCUCUCCAAGGAGUUGAGGCUGUCGCUGCCGCCUUGUCUCCUGAACAGGACGUCUGCCACCUCGAACGCCAGCAGCACCUGCAUCACGCAAGUGGGUCAGCUCUUUCAGUCCUUCUCCUCCACCCUCGUUCUCAUCGUCCUCGUCACCCUCAUCUUCUGCCUCAUCCUCCUCUCCCUCACCACCUUCCACAUCCACAAGAGGAAGAUGAAGAAGCGGAAGAUGCAGAAGGCACAGGAGGAGUAUGAGCGGGACCACUGCGCCCGCAGCAGCGGCGGCAGCCGGCACCCCGCACCGGGAGAGACUCCCGCGGAGAGAGACAGCCGCCUGGGAAGACCCCUCCGGGACUCGGAGAUCCAGCGGCCCCCCCCCAUGGCAGCCCCCAGCUCCCAGCCGGCACAGGCAGCUUUGGACACAGCUGGCGUGGGGCUCUUGCAGACGGUGAUUUUGUCAUGAUGGUUUAGGGGAACCCGGGAGAAGGCACCUUUGUAAAUACCGGAGUGAUUAUUCUAGUCCUCAAAGAAGAAGAAAACAUUGCUAAUUCUAAUGAACGAACAAGCCCAUGAUCCAAGCGCAUGACAGCUCACAUCGCGUUUCUCAUUGACUGUGCAAGCAAAGGAUGCGUCUUUGUGCUGGAGAAGGACCUGCACGCAGCGACCAUAUACCUAGCCUGGAGGAGAGAGUCAGGGGCAGGGAUCCCUUUUCCCUAGUCAUUGUUACCUCCAAGGCUGGGGUGAUCCCACUACUGGAUCCCCCCCUGCCCCCGUUGUCACACUGCAUGGCGUGGCUGGGGUGCGGAAUGGGGGGAGUGGCAGGACUGGUGGGUGCCUUGGGACCCCCCCUGUCUUCUUGGAGCAGCUCUCUAUUGUGCUUGGAUCUGUGCCCCUGGCCCACCCUUCUUGCUUCUCUCCAGGACUGGAUCUUGUUUUGUGUAACACCCACCCCCAACUGGGUUUAGGUGAACUGCAGUGCCCUGCGGCCCCAUACUCCAGCUGCAGCUUUCCUCUCCCCCCCAGCAUCCAUCAUCUCUAAAUGCCCUCCCCAUGACACAACCCCCAAAACCACUGCCAUUCUGCGUGGUGGCAUGAGGUGAUACACCUCAGGGGAAAGAUGGCCUUGUUCCUCUGGGGGUCCCAAAACAAACCCUGUUCUGCACCAGGCAUCCUGCUCCAACCCCGCUGCAGUUAAAGCUUCACCUCCCAGCAAGGAAUCCUGCAGCAGAACAGGGCUAGCUUCUACUUUUUUAGGCUGAUACAUAUUUUUACCCCUUAUAAUCUAGCAAGCAGUUAAGGACAAACAACACUUCAAAUUUCUUGCCUCUCCUCUUUUGAGGAACUAACCAGACAGUUGUGCAAAAUAUCAGCUCUUAAUGCUCAGCAGGUAUUUAUUUUGGAAGUACGGUUUCUCCCUAGCAAACAGCAGUGGCUUUUGUCAGUGGUGGGCAGGUGCGGUGCUGCUGGUGCUGUGUGUGCUGGAGGAGCGUGGGGCAGCGUCUGGUGCAGCUUUGCUUAGCGAUUAAAUCAAAGCCCAUUCCUUGAAGGUGCCUUAACAGAGUGCCGUAUCCGAACUUUGAAACAUCUUGUGUGGUAUCAUAGCAGAGGCAGAUCUCUGCUGUGCAUGUUAACAUCUAAAGAAUAUAGCAAAGGAAAAGUAAUCCCGAGGGAUUUUCUAAUUUUUUUUUCCCCCCCGUAUCCUGGCAUUCAGAGUGAUGAUUGAUGUGAUGAGGUAGCUGUAGCCCACAGGUUGUAACAUUCUGCUGUUCUCUGCCCCCUGGUGUGGCUGCUGGGUUGGAGAGCCCUUGUGCUGACAGCACAAAGGUGAAAAGAGGAAAGGGUGCCACAGCACUCCAUAGUCCAUGGACAGCACCAAUAUGCAGGGGUUUCAAGGCAGUGCUUCUCUUAACCCUGUCUUACCCCUUUGUGAUCUUGCCUGGUGGGAAAUUCCUGUUGGGUUUCAAUGCGUGCCUCCAGCAUCCAGCUCCAGGAGCUGUUCUACCAGCUGAGGUUGGUGCAGAAAUGAACACGGUGUUGGUGGUGUGGUGUGGUGAGGUGGGAGUGAUGGCCGAUGCUUCCUGGUGUGACCAGAUACUAACGGCUACUGCUGUGUUCUUGGGCAAGGAAAUGGGCUUUGUUUUGUUUCCCCUAAUAAAGGAUGCAUGAACUUUUGUGUUUAACCUCCUUAUGCAACCGCAACACAGUAUUGCACCAUAGGGAAUAGAUUUAGGACAGUGAGAAGUGUUCAGUGAACAGUAACGGAGCUUCUUGAUUGUGAUCUCCACUAAAUAGAGAUAUUAUUUUCCCCUUUAUUUUGUGCCUUUUCUUAAAAAUCAGUAUAUAAUUUUGAGUUUUAUAAAAGCAAUAAGAUGUUCCAAAUCACUCCAGUGCAUUUCUGGUUGAUGGUUUCACUUCUUUAGCGUCUCUAGUCAGACACUUUUCCUUCUGCCUUAUGCACUCAAGGCAUGCAAUAAUUCCCCAGAAGUGUACUGCUUGUCACAUCUCAUUGCAGUUAUAAAAUUGCCCUAUUUUUGAGGAAAAAAAAAAAAGGAUGGAAAUAUAUAUAUCUUUAUACAUAUUAUGGAUAUAUAGAUAUAUAUAUUAUUUAUAUAAUCUCAUGACACUAAGAAUAGUGGCAGAAAUGUAAUGAAUUAAAAUGUUAUCAUGUAAACCUCUAUCCUCUGUUAAUUAGGUUUGAUUUAAUAUUUUAAUAUCUCUGUAUUUAUGUAAAUCUGUGUAAAUUAUGUGGUCUAUAAGUAAAAUUUCAUACUGACUUUAAUUUUUUCAGAACUGUGAGCUUCUUGUGGUGUCAUUCAAGGUUUUGCAUUUCUAAAGUUAAAUUCUACAGGAUGUGAGAAGUUAUGAAUUCCUGUUAUCACACAGAAAUGCUGCAAUAAGGCUCAUGUGUACUCCCAGUGCAUGACCCUACCUUGAAGUAUUGUGAGCUUACAAGGUUUCAUUGAGCGGUCUCAGGAGAUCUAGUUGAUACAAGCAGGGCACGUAGGUUUUCAUUUUCAUGAAACAAUAAGCGAUCUAGGGAAUAAAUGUGGAUUUUUAAAACAGAGUUUAUGCUUGGAGGUUCUGUCAAAUCAAUUGCUUCAAAGCCCUACAGCUACAGCUAAAUUCCUGCACUUAGCAUUCAGUAUUAAUAAGGCUGAUGCUUCUUCCCUUUCCCCUCCUACUUAAACUAGAAGUGUAGGAAAUUGUUCAUAUUUCUAAAGCAUACAUUUUCAGCUAACUGUGAAACUGCCCAAAGGGUUUUGAAUCUACAUAUUUUAUGCAAGUGUAAUAUCUAUGUAUCUGUAUCCAUAUAUUUAACUAUUUUUGUGUAACCUUUUCUACGAUAUUUGAUAGAGAUGCCGGGUAUGUGCCAUUCUCGUACGUAAGGAAGGAUUUAUACCCUGUCAAUAUGGACAUUCUUUUUCCUGUGAACUGUUAGAAAUUUGCACUGGUUUUUGGCAAGUUAGGAUGAAGCCUGGACAGUUGGAGAACAGACCGUCCUUCCUCUGGUGAGGUCCACAUCCUCUGCCUGGAUCUUCCUGCUUCGAAAUCAGAAUCAGGGCCUGCUGCUGAACAGCAUCUUGCUAUAAGAAGGAGUGCUGUGGUGGCCCGGCCCAGUUGUCCCACUGAAGGAGCAUGACUGCUGCUACUGGGUGCGUAGGGCUGCUCACAAACUGGGUCCCAACGAGCCGAUGGUUCCUCAUCCUGCGGAGCGUCCCUGGAGCUGCUGCUUAUCUCAGCUCCAGCAGAGAGCAUCCACCACCUGCAAAGUGAGAUGGAGCCUGCCCAUCGUCCACACAAUGGGUGGUGGCAUCCCGCAGCCCUGCUCUGUGCCCAGCACUGUGCUGUCUGCUUGGACAGACUGACAUGUGUGUGUGGAUCCUGUGUACGUCGUGGGCAGAGAGAGUCAUUUCAUUCACAUGUAUCGGUCCAGCAUUUCUGCUGCGGGGGGGCUGUCUGCUGCAAAAGUAAUCUCUGAGAUGAGAUUUGCUAGCUCAUCACCCAGACACGUUUUAGCUUUUGAUAAAUCUGCCCCAGACUUACAUCUGUGUAUACAUGGGUAUAUAUCUCAAAAGAUCUGCUAGACAAAAAGCAAAGAACAGAGAUAACAGAGAUUCCUCCUUAUAGGCCAAAUUGUCUUUUGACUAAAUUUUUUUUUUUUAAUUUUUAUUAUUUUUUCCCUUUAGUUUUUAAUUAAUCUUAAAAGCUACGCUCUUCAAUGUAAAUAGCAAGUUGUUACGUGAGUAAUGUUUUCCACAGCAUUUCUGAGUAGUUGCUAUCUUGUUUCUGGAACUCUGUGCCCAGUGUUUUGAAGCAACUGUGUUCUUGUUCUGUUGUUAUGAGUGCAACUUUUAUGUAGGAAAGAAAAAGAACAUGAUCUAACUCCUUAGAACAGGACUCAAUUAUUGCAAAUCUAAUUAUAGGUCUUGGUUGCUCUUUUCUUUCUAGUAGUCAUUUCUCUGCACGUUUGUAUUUUUUCUAUGGGUAGUUGAAACCCUACAUUUUAAUGAGUACGCAAGGUAUGGUGGGUAACAUGAAAAAUGAAAUAGGAAAAUUUCUUUUUCCUCUUUUGUGUAAAUAGCAAAAUUUAUAAUGACUUAGACACCGUUUCAUUACAGUUCUCAUCUACAUGGAAGUUGGCAUGACUCGUAUACAAACCUUUAACAGCGUUUUACUUUAUGUUAAGUAUUAGAACUACUUUUAUCCAGGACUGACUUUCUCAUCUUUCUGGUAUCUGACUCUUUUUUCCACUGCAGCCACAUUUUCCAUCUGAUCACUGAAUAAAUUCCUAGUAGAACAGAGCGUCUUUCUGUUUUCAGUUUUUUACAUGUAGUUCUCUGGUCCAUAUCCAGCCAAACUCCACAGCACAGCAAAUGUGCUACGAACUUGUGAAGACUGGAAGGUGUAGGAGCCCUGUGGGGAGAGCUGACUGUCCUGCAAGCACACGGGUGCAAUUCCUGCUGAGGUAGAGGGAAGCCUCUCCAUCCACUGCCUGACUGGGUGAAUGGGGAUUCCUUGCUGCCUCAGCAGACAAAUAUCAGCCUCCUUCAUGACACUGUUUCUCCAAAACGUCAUUUUCUAUAUGACAAUGGAUCUCAUUUUGUAAAUUACCUGUAAUAUUUCUCAUUCAUGUCAAAGCAGGCUUCAUUGCUCCACUGGCACUGUAUGUUUUCUGUGGAUAACUAGAGUCAUUUGUUUUCCAGCCCGGUACCUCCACAAGCAUCAAUUUUGUAUGAGUUAGGAAAUAAAUAUUUGGUCAGAA